AUGGCAAGUCUUGAUACUUUCAAGCGUAGGAACGGUGGCAGGAACAAGCACAACCGUGGUCAUGUGAAAUUCAUCAGGUGUUCCAACUGUGGGAAAUGCUGCCCCAAGGAUAAGGCGAUUAAGAGAUUCAUCGUCAGGAACAUUGUUGAACAGGCUGCUAUCAGAGAUGUUCAAGAAGCAAGUGUCUACGAUGUUCGAUCACGCACUAACCGUAGAGUUCGUACCCCACCACCCCGUUUUGUCAGACGCAAGGAGGAUGCUCCCAAGCCUGGACAACCUGGUCAGGCUCCUCGUCCUGCUGGUGGUGCCCCUGCUGCUCCUCGUGCUUAG